AGUGUUGAGACAGCAGAUGAAGAGCAGCGCACACAAUGCUCAGCACUGACAGACUCGUUUACUGAUCAAUUCUUCAGAAAUUCUGUGGAAACUAUUCCACGGCUGAGUUGUGAUGUGGUGUAUCCUCAUUGGGGGAACUUCGACUUGCCAAGGACGACAGUGACGGUGGGAUCCGGAGCUCCAACUCGUCCUGAACGUUCGGAUUACACCGCACUAGCGGCUGCAUGACGACGCUGACUCCCCGGUGGGGGCUUGGCCCACACCCUCGUUUAUGGAACUCGAGCCCGAGGCUGUAAUAUGCGGCCUUAUUUUCCCCCUUGGCGUCGGAGGUGAAGCAGGGAAAAUUUCAGACGAGAUAAUUCUUGAAAGAUAAAUUUACACUACACGAAUAGAUUCAACGCGGCUUACGUCAUACUUCGUGGAAGUAAAUAGACAUUUCCGUUCUGGCUAACAGCUGGAGCUAGUUAGCCAGGCAGCUAUCGUCUUUCUUUUGAUGUUAUUAAAGUAUUAGAAACGGACGUCAAUUCGCUGGUUAAAAUAUAUAUUCACGAGAUUUGGUCAAUAUUUUAGCCGUACUCCUGUUCUUUGCGUCAUCCCGCUCGCGUUUAAAGAAUAUAUAUUUAUUCUUCGCUUGCAAGACAGUUAUACACUGUGAUAUGUUUAGUUAGCCGUGGAUGCUACUUAAAAAGCUAAUUGGGCUGAUCUUGCGACCACGAAUUGCUAUAAUAAUAAUAAUGACCAAGAUACAAAAGUAACAUUUUGUUGAACUGUGUCGUCAACCGUGCUCGGAACUUACUCAAAUGUGUGCUUAAUGUAUGUUUUCGGCCUUCCAAACUAGCUGCGCGUGUUAUUUAGUGAGGAUUGGUCUGAAACAUGGACGCGGUGCUUGUUUAGCUUUGUGCAGACGUUGACGAUUUUUUUAAUUUAGUCUCAAAUUCAGACAAAAGCAAUCCUGCUUUGUGUGACUUUUGUUUACAUGCGCAAAGCCCACACGGUUGUCGGUUGGGUUCGGUGCUAGCAGGCUACAUUUAGCAAUGUCCUGACAUUUGUCCUGGUUCUGGUUUAGAGUUCCGAUUCAGAGCAAUGACACUAACAUUUCGGAGGAGGAAAGGCGCACACGCCGACAGACUGUUGUCAGAAGACGCUAAAUAAUAGGCUCUGGUUCCGCUAACGCCAUUUUAACAGCAGAUCUCAGCCAGGGCCUGUCUGUGCUGCUGUUCUCCAUCUGUGGUUUGGUUACUACCCACCGAACCGGGAUUUGACUCAAGUGCCUUUGGUUCUUUCUGGAGUUACAACGAGGGGCUGAACAUGGACGGACCAAGUCGGAGCACCGGGUUCAGGCAGAGCCGACGGUCUCGGUCACAGCGCGACAGGGAGCGAAGGCGAAGGAGAGUGGACCUGGCAGAGCAGAGGGCCACGUCCCUGUCCUCGGGCUCUGAUAGGGAGGCGUGUGGCACCAACAGUGUCUUGGGGCCCGGAGGUAGAGAAUGCCGGCCUGGAUUCGGGAGACAUAGACCACCCCGGAGGAGGAAGAGAGAGUCAGUAUCCUGUGAGGAAGACGUUAUCGAUGGGUUUGCCAUCGCCAGUUUUAUCAGUUUGGAAGCACUGGAGAUGGACUGCUCCUUGAAGCCAAACCAGAGGUCAGAUCUACAAGGCCGACGGAGUAAAGGAAAGAGAGGACCAGAAGAAAAUGGGGGUGGCCCUCUGUCCGAGCCGGAGGAAGGGGCUCCAUACAGCUGCCAGAAAAACAACCACAAAAGGAGAAAGAUUGAGGGCCACCCUCUGGAGACUGGAUACAUUUGUGACACAGAGAGCGAUACUGGGGAUAAGGCCUCUGACAAUGAGAUUGACCCCGUGUUCACUGUCACCACUCGAAAAGUGGUGGACAAUGUAGCCUCUAACGUCGGGAAGAGCUGCCCACCUCUGCCUUCUCGGAAUGGCAUGUCCCGUCUUAUGGUGACCCCAAGAGUGUCGGGUCUAGAGCGGAGCCAGGAGAAAAGUCUAGAGCAGCAUUUCCCUGAGCCCAUCUCUUCGUCUACCUCUUCUGCAUCCUUCUUUUGUCUGCCUUCUCGCUCCCCGGUCUCAACAUCUGGAACUGUUCCCCGGCCCAGUCCCCUCAAUGGUGCAGUUGGCCACCAUAACAAUAGCCCACCACUCUCCAAACCAAAACCCUUUCUCACUCCACCAGGACGCUCGCACAUCUAUAACAGGAGCAACACACCUGUCAAACCUCCAACAUCCUCUGCAGCUGGUGGGUCUUCUUCCUCUGGCAUGCGGCCCCCAACUCCCUCCACCAGUGUGUCUCUGCCUUACAUUCGGGGCUCAGGAUCUUCAGGACCCCUUAGACCUCCGUCACGAGCAAGUUCCGGAGCCUUCACAUCGUCUCCUGGGCUACCUCCACCCCCUCCACUGCUGCAAGGUCCCUCCCAUUCAACAGCAGCAGACCAGGAGAUGCUUCGUCAGAAUCUCAAUUCCCACUAUUUAAAUGCACAAGUGAGCGAGGGUCGGCGCAGUGUUCCUGGGGCUGACAGCAACACUGCCGCUGUGGGUCGUUCUACACCUGGCGGCCCCUCAGCUUCGAGCACGGCAUCUGGAUCCUCUGGCCGGACGUCUCAAAACCAGCCCAGCAUCCAGCCCUUGGCCUUCCAGUUCCAUCAACACAACCAUCAGCACCAACACACGCACACACACCAACACUUCACACCAUUCUUACAUCCCCCACCUACAGCGCCCCCUCUGUUUGACAAGUUCCCAGGCAAGAUGGAUGGGCUGUACCGGCACCCUUUUUUCCCACAGUACCCACCUCCAUCAGUGCCAAACAUCCAGCCUGUGAUUCCUCCAACUGGACAUUUCGGCUCCCUGCAAGGAGCCUUUCAGCCAAAGCCGCUGGUUCCUCAGGGAUCAGCUCCUGAUCUCAGUGCUCGUCUUGGGGUGGUGCCACACCACCUGCAGCCCAAAGACCCUCGGCUAACUGAUCCAUUCGGGACUUCGUUGAAAAUCAGUAAUAAACCAGGAAAGUGGUGCGCCAUGCAUGUGUAUGUAGCGUGGAUGAUCUUCAGCCACCAAAAGAAGGUCAAGCUGAUGCAGGCAGAUCCCAACAAGCUGGACUUCCGCACCGACCUGCUGUCUCGUCUUCCAGGGGCAGGUGGACUGGGCUCGCUGGGUCACAUGGGAGGAGUUAUGCCUCCCACUCAUGACCUGACCAGACCUCCCACUUUGUUCUCUGCCACAGGUUCUGUCAAUCCGUCCUCUGCUCCUUUCAUCUCUCCACCAGGACCCCCUUCAUCUUUCCUCGCACCAACUGCGCACCUAGAUCCAUAUGGCAGAUCGCCACCCUUCACCCCACUCGGUGCUUUGGGUUCUGGUGCCUUUGGAGGACUGGGGAGUCCCACACUCGCUGGCCCAAUGUUUGGACCGAAAGAGCCACCAGCCAGUGUUGUUGGGGGCUUAUCCACUCCCAACCAUCACGACCCUUGGAACAGACUGCAUCCUGGCCCAUCUGGGUUUUCUGCUGGGCCAAACUGGACUAAAGCGUCAGACAAGAGGGAUGAAAGAGACCGCGGGAAGGAUGGAGAGAGACGGGACAUUCUGCACAUCAAAGAUGAGAAGGACCGGGACAACAUGCUCUAUGGUCGACAGCCAGUUCGAAUGUCCCCGGUGGCGCCAUCCUUCAAACCACGCAGCAACACACCAAGCUCGCACCUCAACGGUCACAGCAACACCCUGACGAGUGGUGGGCCGAUUGAGGACUUGACUCGCAGCUUGAACAGAGACAAGGAACGUGAAAAAGAUGGAGACAAAAGAUUGCAGCCCCCAAUGUCUUCUAGAGGACCACCAGCUGGUCCUUCAUCAUUAGUAGCAGACCGGGACAGACCCCGGUCCUCCUCUUCUGUGAUUAACACUCCCCCUCCUCCUGGCCGCUUGGCUGCGUCUCCUCUGGACCUUUAUCCACGCUCCCUGGCUGCCCCGGCACAUGGCGUCCAGAAUGACCCGUCUCACUCUCAGAGAGACGGACUCAUCCCAUCAUCCGCUGCGGCUUCUGCUACCAUCACAUCUUUGUCUCAGUCUAAGAAGCCUGAUCGGACCACAACUCCCAUCUCUAAACCACCACUACUCCUUCCGCCUGUCAAAGUCAAGGAGGAGCGGAAAGAGGAGCUUGAACCUGUCCCCAUUUCUCUUUCUCGGCCUGUCCUCAACCAUGGCUUUGACCGUCCUGGCAGCCAUCCGCAACACCCGAGCUCUGGAACCGCUUCUUCCUCCUCAUUAUCUCUGACCCCCACUCCUGGUGUUCCCCUCCCACCUCCUUCUUCCAACCCAGCUGCCCUGCUACACCAUUCUGUUUUGGACCGCUCGAGAGCCAUUGAAGCAAUUCUAGGAAACGCAUCAGGUUCGGCUGGGUUAAUGGUGGGUCCUGGUGGGGAACGAUUCCACCAUGGUCCACCUCAAGGACCUCCACAGGGCCCCCAUAGCUACACAUGGGACCCCUGGAGAGAUCUAGCGGCACACCAGCAUCAGCAGCGUCGGGAAGCCCUGGCACUGAGGUCAGACCCUCACCUGGCGCUGCGCUCUGACCCGCAUCUGGCCCGGCUUUUCCAGCAGCACCGCUUUCUGGAGGCUGAGCGGGCUGCUGCUGUAGCUGCCUCAGCUUCCAACCCCCACCACCCUCCCACCGCUACCUCUUCUGCUUCCAACCCUAAUGUCCGUCAAGAAUUUGGCUUAAUGGCUCACCACUUUGACCGACCUCCCCAGAUUGGCCCACCUGGGGGAGGACUCAUGGACGAGGAGCAGCGAGCCCAGAUCUUGAGGGAAGACUUUGAACGGGCCCGGUACUUUGGCAUGCACCACAUCCCUGCAGGCUCUCACCUAUCAAGUCCCUCUCAUGCUGCUACGGCGGCCCACCUGGAGCAGCUCCAUCCAGGUCUACUCUCCCAUGCACUGCCUCCUGGAGCGGUGGCCUCCCAGCACCAUCCAGGCCUCUAUUCCCGCCUCGGCCCUCUGAACCCACACCACGUGCCCAACGGCAUCCUGGCAAAGACUCCCGCAGGCCUGGUGGGUGCACUCGCCGUGGGUGCUCCACCACCACUCAUCCCGUCCAUCACCAACCGGUCGUCUCCACCCUCGCGUGGUUCUCGACUUGCGGGCCCAAGUGAGCUGGCUCUGUAUGGAGCUCACAAAGAUGCAGAGUCCAGAUAGUAGUGGGACAAGACUGUCUGAGAUGAAAGGGAAAUGUCAGGAUCACUGUGCUGCUCUCAACCUGCCCCUUUUACCUCUCGCAAACUAUUUAACCUGACCAGUCACUCACCUAAACUAAGUCAUGGACCCUGACCAGGGCUGAACAGGUGUGGCCAUAGUGCCCAGUUAGGUGGAAAAUACUAGACUUGUGCUACUUGGAUAAGCCGAUGGCUCUGUCAGUGCAAUUUAAAGGUUCAUUGUUUCUGUGCAUAUUUUGUUUUUCCUUUUGUCGUCACUGUAUCAGAAGGGGGGGGAAAACAACAUUUUUGUUGUAUUUUGUUAAGUUUAUUUUGGAUCUCGAGACUUGCGGAAGGUGGUUUGUUCUUCCUCCUACCCAACUCUGUGUUGCCUGAUCAUUCUAGACGUGUGCAUAUGUCAAGGGUUCACAGUAAUACAGCAGUCAUCCUGUAGUUUUGUGCGCAUGUGUGAUGACAAUGGACCAGUGCCACUUUCUCUUCUGUCCUGUCUCUGUAAAACAAGUCAAUAAUCAUCUUACCUCAGUUUCUUGCUUCACCCAAAAAUCAAACCUCCACUGAUGAGAUUCCAACUCUGGCUUUUUUGUGUGUGUGUGUGUGUGUGUGUGUGUCCACGCACAACACAGCGACAUGAAGUGUGCACCAGCACGAGUGACUUCAGUAUUUUAGAGCUUCCUGUCACCGUCUCCCAGUUUCUCCCGGCAGGACCAGAUUAUAGUAGGAUAGAGAAAGUUACCUUUGUAAUUAUUAUUCUUAACAUUAAUUAUCUUCUAUAAUAAUAAAUAUAUUCACUGUUAUGUUCUUUGUCAUUGUUCCGGGUAUUGGCCUGAACUCACCCAGGUAGACAAAAAGGCUCAUUUUGCAGGAACCCCUUACAAGUGAAGCAGCACCUAUUGUGACCUGUGACUUCUACAAGGAUCUCAUCUAUGCCUUCAUUUUGCAGAGAGGGAGGAUUCCCUGGUCGUGUGCUUGUGCUGCAGAACUCUGGGUGUGAAGCAAGGAAAAUAAGUUAUAUACUUGGAUCAGUUGGACACUUGCUGAACUGAAAAACAAAUGGACUCUGAUGCGACGGUGGAGAUGUUGAGAGGGGAAAGACUGGGUCGAUUAUUUUAUUAUGACCGUUUUAUACCUUUCAAAUCCCUCCCCUAGAGACCACAAAGAUUAAUUAUUAAAUGAAUUGUUGUUUAACCCUGUUGUCAUGG